AAGCUGUUGCUAGAAUAAUGCUGUGUGUCUCACGUUCCACUUAAAUUAUGCUUCUCCUUAUAUUGUGCUAAGGUUUUCCUUACCCACAAGUCUAACAAGCCAAAAAAAAAAAACAAUAAUGAAUCUUUGUUUAUAAAGAAAAUGAUGGACUGGUCUCAUGCACUGCAGAAAAGUUCCCGAAAAAUUUGAUGACUUGUUUGCUCACUAAUUACACCCACCAGAGAGAGGGAGGGAAUAUAAUCUCUUGGGCAGCACAGCAUGCAUAACAUAAUAAUUAAGGACAACAUUUGAUCUGAAAGAAGAAAAAAAAAAAGCCAGUUUACGGCACCAUUAAAGGGAAAUUCUUGUCUGCAGGAAGUAAUUUAAGAAAAUAGUAAGAUGCUCAUAUAAAAUUAUGAACCACAGCACAGAGCCAAUGAACAAAGUAAGAGCAGUCUGGCACACUGACAAAAUAGCUAAAAACAAAUCAAAGAUAUACCAGUUUUUUCUCAUUGCUUGCAGAGUAAUGAAUCUCAAUAAGCCUCUGUCUUUCUUAUCAUCUCUCUGUACAAACUAAGCCUCUCUCUCUCUCUCUCUCUCUCUCUCUCUCUCUCUUUCUCUCUCUCUCUCUCUCUCUCCAAGUGUCUAUAAAUAAGGGGGCACCUCCAAUCCAAGUGCGGCCUCCUACAUAUGAGUUGCAUGUUUGGUGUGGUGAAAAUGGAGAGGGUAAGAUUAUUUGUUGUUGUUGCCAGUAUUUUGGUUAUGUGUGUAGUGAGGAGCGUGGGAGGUGAAGAGGUGGCAGACACAUUAUCAGCCUGUGAUUUUCCAGCAAUUUACAACUUUGGAGACUCAAAUUCAGACACUGGUGGUAUAUCUGCUGCAUUCUACCCAAUGGCAUCACCCUGUGGUGAAACUUUCUUCCACAGACCAGCUGGCAGGGGUUGUGAUGGCCGUCUGAUGAUUGAUUUUAUUGCAAAGCACUUGGGAUUGCCAUACUUGAGCCCAUAUUUGGACUCACUUGAGAGCAAUUUCAGACAUGGUGCCAAUUUUGCUACCGGAGGGGCAACCAUCAUCCGGUAUAAUGAAUCCUGGUUUCAGAAUGGUGUGAGCCCCUUUUCUCUUGACAUCCAGAUUGCUCAGUAUCAACAGCUCAAGUCACGUACCACCAGUCUUUACAACCGAGCCAAGAAACAACCCCACAGAUUCCCAAGAGUUGAUGACUUCUCAAAGGCUCUUUACAUUUUUGAUAUAGGACAAAAUGAUGUAGCCGCUGGUAUUCGGAAAAUGAGUGAUGAACAAUUUCAAGCACAAAUCCCAGACAUCAUUAACCAGUUGGCUACAGCCAUCCGAAAUUUGUAUGAUCAAGGCGCAAGAACAUUCUGGAUACACAACACUGGUCCCAUUGGGUGCUUGGCAGUGACCUUACACUACCUCCAUAAUCCGAGCCCUGACUAUGUUGACCGCCGUGGCUGCGUCAAGUUUCAAAACGACAUGGCUAGACAGUUCAAUAGGGCGCUCAAGCAGAAAGUGUUUCAACUAAGGAAGGAGCUCCUCCUUGCUGCAAUAACACAUGUCAAUGUCUUUGCUGCAAAGUAUAAACUUCUCAGCAAUGCAAAGAAGCAUGGAUUUCUGGACAAGACAAGGAUCUGCUGUGGAUAUCAUGAAGAUAGCAACCAUGUGUAUUGUGGGAAUAAGGGAAUCAUAAAUGGCACUCAAGUAUAUGCUGGUUCAUGUGAAGAUCCUUCCUUGUAUAUUAGCUGGGAUGGUGUACACUACACUGAAGCUGCAAAUCAUUGGAUUGCUAAUCAAUUAAUCAGUGGUUCAUUCUCAGACCCACCACUUCCAAUCACAAAUUCAUGCCAUAGGCUUCAACCUCUGUAGUUACUUCCACAUAUGUAACUCUUUCUUAGCCUACAAGUUAACAAGAAAUUAAUGCAGUUGACAAUUCAAAUCAG